AACCCUUGACCGGCCUUGUUUCAUUUUUAAAAGCGCGGCCUGUCGUUCGUCACCGCUGGCAUUUUUCUCUAUCGACUUUUCUGCCAGAGCGCCAUUUCUUCCCCCGGUUCCCUGCAUUAUUCCCUGGUGAAAGAAGGGAGGCUUUGGCUUCGAUCGACUUCUCCGCCAAGACUUUGAGAAAAAAUGGCUGAUGGUGAAGAUAUCCAACCUCUUGUUUGCGACAAUGGAACCGGCAUGGUCAAGGCUGGUUUUGCUGGUGAUGAUGCGCCCAGGGCAGUUUUCCCCAGCAUUGUUGGCCGACCACGUCACACAGGUGUUAUGGUUGGUAUGGGCCAAAAGGAUGCCUAUGUGGGUGAUGAAGCCCAGUCGAAAAGAGGUAUUCUCACUUUAAAGUAUCCAAUUGAGCAUGGUAUUGUCAGCAAUUGGGAUGACAUGGAGAAGAUUUGGCAUCACACCUUCUACAAUGAGCUCCGUGUUGCCCCUGAGGAGCAUCCAGUUCUACUUACUGAAGCUCCUCUUAAUCCUAAGGCAAACAGAGAAAAGAUGACACAAAUCAUGUUUGAGACCUUCAAUGUGCCUGCAAUGUAUGUUGCCAUCCAAGCUGUGCUAUCCCUUUAUGCUAGUGGUCGUACAACAGGUAUUGUGCUUGAUUCUGGUGAUGGUGUUAGCCACACUGUUCCAAUCUAUGAAGGAUAUUCCCUUCCUCAUGCCAUACUUCGUUUGGAUCUUGCCGGUCGUGACCUUACUGAUGCUCUGAUGAAGAUCCUCACCGAGAGAGGCUACUCUUUCACUACUACUGCUGAACGGGAAAUUGUAAGGGACAUGAAGGAGAAGCUUGCUUAUGUUGCUCUAGAUUAUGAACAGGAGCUGGAGACUGCCAAGAGCAGCUCUUCUGUUGAAAAGACCUAUGAACUGCCUGAUGGCCAGGUGAUCACCAUAGGAGCUGAGCGCUUCAGGUGCCCUGAGGUCCUCUUCCAGCCUUCCAUGAUUGGAAUGGAAUCUGCUGGCAUUCAUGAGACUACCUAUAACUCCAUCAUGAAGUGCGAUGUCGAUAUCAGAAAAGAUUUGUAUGGUAACAUCGUACUUAGCGGUGGCUCGACCAUGUUCUCAGGGAUCGCUGAUCGUAUGAGCAAGGAAAUUACAGCCCUUGCCCCAAGCAGCAUGAAGAUUAAGGUUGUUGCCCCACCUGAGAGAAAAUACAGUGUUUGGAUUGGAGGCUCCAUCCUUGCUUCUCUCAGCACCUUCCAGCAGAUGUGGAUUUCUAAGGCAGAGUAUGAUGAAUCCGGUCCUGCAAUCGUUCACAGAAAGUGCUUCUAAGUUGGCUUCGCAAUUUCCAUUCAUUGAGCAGGUUUUGCC